AUGUUUGCGCCUCUUGGAUUAUUCAAGGAUAUCCCAUGUCCGCAGGGUGAAGAAUGCUCUGUCUUCGCUUGUAUCUUCUCUCAUCGCGAUCCCAGACCUUCUUCAACCCUAGCUACACGAAGCCAGCCGUCAGAACAGAAAGAGGCCGAACCGGCGCGCAAGAGGAUCAAGUUAGAUUCUCGCCCUGAGCAGAAAGACUCAUCAAAAGACGGUUUACCGAGUGCUCCUGGUAGCGGGAGGAGCACACCCGUCAAGAAUCCCGAAUCUCGAGCUCAAAGAACUGAGAUUGCUCGACCAACCCCACGACAGCCUGCCAUUUCGAAGACGACGGCACCUAUCAGGCGCGAGGCAUCUACUGCCGGAAAUCCGGGGUCCAGUCUGCCAGCUAGACAGGCCCCAAAGGAGUCGCUGAACCCGCGCAUGCUCCCAAAGGCGCCUGCAACUUAUAAUGCACGCUCUGCUAUCUUGAAGAAGUUGCAUGAUACUUUGAAGUCCUUGAAUGACAAGCUUGCGAAAGACAAAGAGCUCGAGGACAAGUGCCUGAUUUUAACACCUGACGAGCUUAUAACGAUGGCCCUGGAUGAGGAAGAAAAGGCAGCAAAAGACAACCCGACUGUGUACUCGAAUGUCGUUAAGCUUCGGAUUGUGAAAUUGUCUAAACUGAGCAAAGAGGAUUGGGCGAAAGAGCUCAAAGAAUACCUCAAUAAGAAAUACUACAAGAUCCAGCCCUCACAGGCCCCGAAAGAGCCGGAGCCUCUCACGACCGGCCUGAGCGUUGAGGAGGAAAUCGCAAUUGCAAGUAAAUUAAUAACACCGCUGCAAGGACUGGAAAAUUACGGUUAUGUGACUAGAGCACCUACGGCGGAGGAAAUCGAAGUUGCAAGGAAAGGCGCCGUCGAAUCAAAGGGUUGGGAGAAGUGUGAACGAUGUAGCGGCCGUUUCCAGGUAUUUCCUGGUCGCCGCGAAGAUGGUUCACUAACCACUGGAGGAACAUGCACCCACCAUCCCGGCAAGGCUCUCUAUCCCCCGAAGAAGAAGACGGAUCAUGUAACUGGGGCCCGGGAGGCGUACUUCACCUGUUGUAACGAGACAUUAGGGCAGUCCUCGGGAUGCACCAAAGGCGAGACUCAUGUUUUCAAGGUCUCAGAAACGAAGCGACUCGCAUCGAUUCUUCAAUUUGAAACCACACCCGAAAACCAAGACAAGACGCCUAAAAGCCCGAUAUGCUUCGACUGCGAAAUGGGCUAUACGACUCUCGGGCUGGAGCUCAUCCGAAUGACAGCAGUCAGUUGGCCCGAGGGCAAGAAGAUUCUAGACGUCCUCGUCCGACCACUAGGCGAAGUCUUAGACUUGAACUCUCGGUUCUCUGGCGUCUUUCCGGAGCAUUACAACAAGGCUCUUCCAUAUAGCGCUCAAGCUGCUACAUCAUUAGAAACACCAACCGAAGAUGCACCAUUACAGGUAGUCGACUCACCCGCCACAGCGCGCGCACUACUCUUCACCUUCUUGCACCCAACCACACCCUUAAUUGGCCACGCAAUAGACAACGACCUAAACGCCUGCCGAAUCAUUCACCCUACGGUCAUCGACACAGCCAUCCUUUACCCACAUCCAGCCGGCGGGCUUCCUUACCGGAUGAGUCUGAGAACCUUGGCAAAGAAGCAUUUAGACCGGGAUAUCCAGACCGGCGGGAAUCGCGGGCACGAUUCGAAGGAGGAUGCAAUUGCUACGGGGGAUCUGGUUAGGGUUAAGGCGGCGGAGGCGUGGAAGACCUUGAAGGCGAGGGGGUGGGUAAUGACGGAUGGGGAACUUGUGGCGCCUCCAGGGCAAGAGGACAUUUCUAUAUUUCCACAGUUGAGGCUUGGGAGUGGAGCUGGGGUGAAGAGGUCCAGUGAAGCGGCGAAUUCAUAG